AUGCCCAUCCUCCACCAGGAGCUCCUCCACCUCAAGGCCAUCAGCAACCGCCAUACCCUCAGCAACCGCCAUAUGGUGCACCUCCAGGUGCUCCACCGGGUCACUACCCCCCGCAGGCCAGUACGGUCAACCUCCCCCGCAGCAGGGCCACUACGGCGGGCCUCCCCUCCUCAACAGGGCCACUACGGCGGCCACUCUCCUCAGCCUCCAUAUGGCGGCCACUCUCCUCAACCCUCUUACGGCCACCCACCUCCCGGUCAACCUCCCUACGGUGCUCCCCCACAAAAUGCCUACGGUGCCCCUCCCCAGCACCACGGCGCGCCUGGCUACCCACCACCCCCAGGCCCCGGCUAUGGCGCUCCUCCCCCGGGCCCCGGAAACUACCACGCGCCAGGCCCCGCGCCAGGCCCCGCGCCACCAUCCCCGGGAUACGUUCCUCACCAACUCGCCCCCGGCGACUUCCGCAUGCAAUGCGACACGCUCCGCAAAGCCAUGAAGGGGUUCGGCACGGACGAAAAAGCCCUGAUCCACACCCUUGCCCCGCUGGACCCGUACCAGAUGGCCGCCGUCCGCUCGACCUACUCGCAGCACCUGGGCCGGGACCUGUACAAGGACGUCCAGUCCGAGACGAGGGGGUACUUCCAGCAAGGACUGCUCGCCGUGAUCGAGGGCCCGCUCGGCCACGACAUCGCGUGGGCGCGGGAGUCGAUCGAAGGCGCCGGCACGAAAGAGUGGCUCAUGAACGACAUCCUGCUCGGCCGGUCGAACGCGGACCUCAAUGCGAUUCGCAUGGGCUACGACCAGAAGUACCACAAGUCGCUGAUCCGGGACGUGGAGGGCGACUUGUCAUUCAAGACGGCGACGCUAUUCAAGGCCGUGCUGCAGGGGUCGCGGCAUGAGGAUGGCCUGCCGCCCAACCCGCAGGCGAUUGAUGCCGAGGUGCGCGCCCUACAUGACGCGACCACGGGCCGCAUGACGAAUAAUGUCGGCGAGGUGGUAGGGAUCUUUGCGCGGGCGUCGAAUGACGAGCUGAGGGCUAUCGAUCGGGCCUUUGAAGCGCGGUACCACAAGAAGCUGGAGAAGCAUAUCGAGAAGGAGUUCUCCGGGCAUAUGGAGGAUGCGUUCUUGCAUAUGCUGCGCUCGGCGACUGACCCCGCCAGGCGCGAUGCUAUCCUGCUGGAGCAGUGCAUGGCGGGUCUGGGCACGAAGGAUGAGCGGUUGGUGGUUCGUGUUGUGCGCGUGCACUGGAAUAGAGAGCAUAAGGAGCGGGUCAAGGCUGCUUAUCGGCAUGAGUAUAAGAAGGAUCUGAUCGAGCGGGUGCGUGGGGAGACGUCAGGUGAUUAUCGUGAUUUGAUGGUCGCGUUGCUUCAGUAG